CAAAUGCGACCCAGGCCCGGCGCGAGGGUUGCCUUUGGGAAGCGCGGGACUUAAGGAGGGGCCGCUUUCUGCCCCUCUCCUCACGCUUCACCCCAAAGAAAGACUCUAGUACUCUCCAGACCCAAACACCAUUCUCCUCGACAAUCACUGUCACUCUUUCAGAGACAGAGCGACCACCAACGGUGGUUUCAGCAAUGGCCCCAUCCUGAUUCCUGGCCCAGGUCGGUUGCCAUGGUAACUCUUCCCAGUCGGGAACACCCUUAGCCUCCCCUCCCCUCCACCUUUGUGGUUAUGGAGCUCCAAACCUGUCCUGGCCCUGCACCGGGAAGAGGUUGCUAAGGUAUCCCAAGUCCCUGGUGGUCCUUAUACCCCUACCCUCAUUGGUUACUAUGGCAACCUCACCUAGCACUCAGGUAGAAAGGACCCCAGCCCCAAGGACACUGCUGAGGGAAACAUCUCUUUCCCAACCCCUCCGCCCAGCCACCCAGUUGGCAUUACCAUGGUAACCAUCUAUCUCCCCCUUUCCCAUCAGUGGGGGGGGGGGGGUCUACGGACCAAACCAACCAGGUGUUUUUAUUUAGAGGAGAUGCUCUGCUGAGGAGUAGUUGCUAUGGUUACAAGGCCUGGACCAUCCCCAGGGAGCAGUGCAGCUGAGCUGGGCUGGAACCGCCCCCCUGGAGCUCCCUCAGCCUGCAACCUAGGAGGUUCCCCGUCUGAAUAACAGGAGUCAGUCAUUCAUUCCACACAAAUUUAUUGAGCACCUGCUGUGUGCCAGGAUACCCGGGAAGCCCAGCUAAGGGCCUGACUUCAGCCCCAUGCGGCUCACCCGCUGCCAGGCUGCUCUGGCAGCCGCCAUCACCCUCAACCUCUUGGUCCUGUUCUAUGUCUCGUGGCUGCAGCACCAGCCCAGGUACUCCCCGGCCAGGGGCUCCCGCCGUGGAUCUGCCUCCGGCCCCCGGGUCACCAUCUUGGUGCGGGAGUUCGAGGCCUUUGACAACGCUGUGCCAGAGCUGGUGGACUCCUUCCUGCAGCAGGACCCAGCCCAGCCGGUGGUGGUGGCAGCCGACACGCUCCCCUACCCGCCUCUCGCCCUGCCCCGCAUCCCCAGCGUUCGCCUGGCGCUGCUCCAGCCCGCCCUGGACCGGCCCGCUGCAGCCUCGCGCCCCGAGACCUACGUGGCCACCGAGUACGUGGCCCUGGUGCCCGACGGGGCGAGGGCCGAGGCACCAGGCCAGCUGGAGCGCAUGGCCGAGGUGCUGCGAGCGGGAGGCGCACGCCUGGUGGCCGCUCCCGUUGCUUCGGCCAACCCUGCCCGGUGCCUGGCCCUGAACGUCAGCCUGCGGGAGUGGACGGCGCGCUACGGCCCGGCACCCUCCGCACCCCGCUGCGACGCCCUGGACGGGGACGCCGUGGUUCUCCUGCGCGCCCGCGACCUCUUCAACCUCUCGGCGCCCCUGGCCCGGCCCGUGGGCACCAGCCUCUUCCUGCAGACCGCCCUCCGCGGCUGGACGGUGCAGCUGCUGGACCUGCCCUUCGCCAGGGCGCGCCAGCCCCCGCUGACCACGGCCCACGCGCACUGGAAGGCGGAGCGCGAGGGGCGGGCGCGGCGGGCGGCGCUGCUGCGGGCGCUGGGCAUCCGCCUGGUGAGCUGGGAGGGCGGGCGGCUCGAGUGGUUCGGAUGCAACAAGGAGACCCCGCGCUGCUUCGGGACAGUGGUGGGCGACACGCCGGCCUACCUGUACGAGGAGCGCUGGACACCCCCAUGCUGCCUGCGUGCGCUGCGCGAGACGGCCCGCUACGUGGUGGGCGUGCUGGAGGCGGCCGGCGUGCGCUACUGGCUGGAGGGUGGCUCGCUGCUGGGGGCGGCCCGCCACGGGGACAUCAUCCCGUGGGACUACGACGUGGACCUGGGCAUCUACCUGGAGGACGUGGGCAACUGCGAGCAGCUGCGGGGCGCCGAGGCGGGCUCGGUGGUGGAUGAGCGCGGCUUCGUGUGGGAGAAGGCGGUGGAGGGCGACUUCUUCCGCGUGCAGUACAGCGAGAGCAACCACCUGCACGUGGACCUGUGGCCCUUCUACCCUCGAAACGGGGUCAUGACCAAGGACACGUGGCUGGACCACCGGCAGGAUGUCGAGUUCCCCGAACACUUCCUGCAGCCUCUCGUGCCCCUGCCCUUUGCCGGCUUCGUGGCGCAGGCACCUAACAACUACCGCCGCUUCCUGGAGCUCAAGUUCGGCCCCGGGGUCAUCGAGAGCCCCGAAUACCCCAACCCAGCACUCCUGAGUUUGGCAGGAAGCAGCUGAAGCUCCAGCAUCUGAUCUUGGAGUCAGGAGCACAUUCGGGCACAGGGCAUUGUCCUUUGUCUUGGUGCUGCUGGCGUUUGGUGGGCGGGCCAGGGAUGCCAAGCCACCCUGCUGGGCCCAGCACAGCCCGGGACAUCAAAGGUGUGCCCUGCCCCAAAUUUCCAGGGCUGGGGCAGAGUUUUGGAAAGAGAGGGAGAAAGAGUGUAGUUUCUGGGGCCAGACUGCUGUGACCCAAUUUCUCUGCGCCUCGGUUUCCUCCAGUGUGUGCCCUCAGGGUCUAGCACACAAAGAGCCCCAGGACACUUGGCCGUUGGGGUUGCUUCCGCCACUAGAGGGCGUCCUUGUCCUACCGUGGGGCCAAGGCGAAUGUAAGCCCGGGACCUCUGUUCCACGGCUUUCACGUCUCUUGAGCCUUUGGUCUUCCCUCUAGCCUCCUGUGACUGGUGGGACAGGAUGACUAAAUCCCCUUCUUUCAGAAAACGACCUCCUUCCCUCCUGGGAGAGCGCUGUGAGGUGCAUGCUGCUCUUAACCCCAUCUUGCAGAGAAGAAAACAGACUCUGAGGUGCGGCUGUGGUUAAGAACCGGGUUCUGGAUCCCGGCCCCUCUCCAUUUAACUGUUACCUCAUUAUUUUAGCUCUCUGCACCUGUUAGCCACUUGCAAGGUGGGGUAAACAAUAAUCAUAGCUCACAUUUACUGAGCACUUACUGUGUAUCAGGCAUCGUUCUCAGUAUUUCACACGGAGUAACUGACUUAUCCCUCACCUUGACCCUCUGAGGUGAGAGCUGCUGUUAUUUUUAUUUCACAGAUGAGGAAACUGAGGCCAGAAUGGUAAAGCCACUUGUCCAAAGUCAGACAGCUUGGGAAGUGUCAGAGAGGGGACUUGAACCCAGGCUGUCAGUCUGUAGCCUGCGUUGCCGUUGCCUGCUAUGCCCCUCUCUGGUGAUAGUACCCAAGGGGGGCUUUGGGAAGCCACACGGCUUAGCAGGUAAAGUGACAGCAGCCUUCAUCUUGUGUGCACCUAAGAGGAGAUACUGUUUGGGCAUGUACCUCCAAUAAGUAUAUUUAUUUAUAAAUUAUAUCCAGGUACUACUAGCAUUCUGUAUAUUAGUAAUAAGGCUUAAAUUAUUCCAUUUUAAAAUUAAAAAUAAAUAGAGAGGGUUUUGUUUACCA